GGAAUUGAGGUAAAGCGUAGUUUUCAACAGUUGCCGUUACAUUCCAGCUCCACUCCGGAUCGGAUCUUCAGAUCAAGCUCUACAUCCGACCAGUAUUCUCCCUAUCAGGGACUGUCUGUGUACCUCGAUGUUCCGGUUGGGGAAUGGAUCGUUAAGACGCAGUGGACUUUUGCAGCGAGGCCUUAGAAAGGCUAUUCACGGGGGUUUGAAACGUCAUGGAUUGGAGUCUGCCACCGGACCACUGGUGCCCCUCCUACCCCUCCGCUCGCUGCGCUGCAUUUCUACACCGGCUUCUUCCCCUCUUCCUCCUCCAUCAUCCCAUUCUCCCUCUUCUUCCAUCCUCUCUCCCAACCGAUUGACCUGUUUGAGUUCCAUUCAACCAGGUUUGAGCCCAUAUCAGAAGAGACACUGUUCAACGGCAUUCCGCACAAUGGGUAGAGACGACAGGGAGAUUCUGCCGGAUGUGGCAAAGCCAUCUCAUUAUACGAUUUCCCUAUAUAAUCUCCAGCUUGGUGGCUCCUGGGGUUACAACGGAACCGUAAAAAUCGACACCAGAAUCACUCGACCUACCUCGGAAAUCGUGCUGAAUGUCAAGGCAAUUGAGGUGCAAACCGCCAAAAUCACUUCCAAAGAUGGAUCGACAUCGGUCAAUAGCUCCGACAUCUCCUAUGACAGGACUUCAGAGCGUGUCACUACCAAGUUUGCCGAAGAAAUCAAAGAGGGCGACUUCGUCUUGGAGCUUGCGUUUACCGGAACGAUGAACAACCAUAUGGCCGGUUUUGCUAGGGCGAGAUACCAAUCGUCUGAAACACCAGCACCGGGAACUCCUAAGGAAGGAGACGAUUACUUCAUGCUUAGCACCCAAUUCGAGGCCUGUGAUGCCAGACAAGCAUUCCCUUGUUUUGAUGAACCAAAUCUGAAGGCAACGUUUGACUUCGAAAUUGAAGUUCCCAAAGACUUGGUUGCAAUCAGCAAUAUGCCCAUCAAGAGUACUCGCGAAGGAAGCAAUCCGGGUCUAAAAUUCGUUUCUUUCGACAGAACCCCCAUUAUGAGCACAUAUCUUCUCGCAUGGGCGGUCGGUGAUUUCGAAUACGUUGAAGCCCACACCAAGCGCAAAUACAACGGCUCUCCGAUCCCAGUCCGUGUUUACACCACCAGAGGCCUUAAGGAGCAAGCCCGCUUUGCCCUUGAAUGUGCGCAUAAGACUGUGGAUUACUUCUCUGAAGUUUUCGAGAUCGACUACCCUCUGCCUAAGUCCGAUUUGCUUGCUGUCCAUGAAUUUGCUAUGGGCGCCAUGGAAAACUGGGGACUUGUGACGUACCGUACAACUGCAGUGCUCUUUGAAGAAGGCAAAUCAGACGACAGGUUCAAGACUCGUGUUGCAUACGUUAUUGCACACGAAUUGGCUCAUCAGUGGUUUGGAAAUCUUGUCACGAUGGACUGGUGGAGUGAACUUUGGCUCAACGAGGGUUUCGCGACUUGGGUCGGCUGGCUUGCUGUGGAUCACUUCUAUCCUGAAUGGGAUGUCUGGUCUCGUUUUGUCGCUGAAGCAGUGCAACAAGCUUUCCUCCUUGACUCGCUGCGGGCAUCUCAUGCAAUUGAGGUACCCGUAAGGAACGCACUUGAAGUGGAUCAGAUUUUUGACCAUAUUAGCUACAUGAAAGGAAGCUCUGUCAUUCGUAUGCUCAGUAGCCACCUUGGCCAAGAAACCUUCUUGCGCGGUAUUGCCAAAUAUCUCAAAGCGCAUGCAUAUGGCAACGCCACAACAAAUGACUUGUGGUCUGCUUUGAGUGAGGCUUCUGGAAAAGAUGUGACUGGUUUCAUGGAUCCAUGGAUUAGAAAGAUCGGAUUCCCAUUGGUGACUGUGGCUGAAGAGCCCAAUCAAAUUACUGUCGCGCAAAAGAGGUACCUCGCUUCCGGUGAUGUAAAACCGGAGGAGGACGAGACCUUAUGGUGGAUCCCCCUUGGAAUCAAGUCCGGACAGGAGGCUAAAGCCGUAGGUGAGCGUAAUUUAACAUCAAAAUCUGAUGUAGUUCAAAACAUCAGCCAAGAUUUCUACAAGCUCAACAAGGACCAAUGCGGGUUUUAUCGAACAAACUAUCCCCCGGAGCGCUUGGCUAAACUCGGGAAGUCUCUCAAUCUGCUGAGUACCGAAGACAAGAUUGGUCUGAUUGGCGAUGCUUCUGCUUUGGCUGUCUCUGGCGAAGGAACCACAGCUGCCACCUUGGCUCUUCUCGAAAAUUUCCAGGAUGAACAAAACUAUCUGGUCUGGAUGCAGCUUAUCACAUCCUUGAGCCACAUCAGAUCAGUUUUUGCAGCCAACGAAGAAAUUGCAACUGGCUUGAAGAACUUUGCGCGUAAACUUGUGACACCGGCUGUUGAAAAGCUCGGCUGGGAAUUCCAGCCGAAUGAGGAUUACCUUACAGGCCAGCUUCGUCAGCUGCUAAUCUCCUCAGCCGGCCAUGCUGGCCACGAAGGGACCAUCACUGAGGCUAAACGACGAUUCAAUCUUUGGGCAACAGGCGAGGACAAGAGUGUAAUUCACGCCAACCUGCGCAGUGCAAUCUUCACGAUCAACGUUUCCGAGGGAGGCCAAAAGGAAUAUGAUACGGUUAAAGAGGAGUUCGGCAGAACAAGCUCCAUUGAUGGCAAGGAGAUCUGCGUCGGAUCGCUUGCACGAACUAAGAAUCCCGACAUUCUCAAAGAUUAUUUCGAAUUCCUAUUCUCUGGCAAAGUUGCAACUCAGGAUAUCCAUACUGGAGGAGCAGGCUUAGCAGCAAAUUCCAAGGCAAGAGAUGCAUUCUGGGUUUGGCUCAAGGCAAACUGGGCUCGCGUCGAGAAGAAACUGGGAUCCAACAAAGUUGUCUACGAGCGAUUCAUCAGGAUGAGUUUGUCGAAAUUCGCCGACCACGCCACCGAGCGAGACAUUGCCAAAUUCUUCGAGGACAAAGAUAAGGGUGGGAUCGAUCGUGGCUUGCUUGUUGUCGGUGACACCAUCCGGACAAAUGCCAACUAUCGGGAGAGAGAUGAGAAGGGAGUGCUGGAAUGGUUGAAGGCUCAUAACUAUGUCUAGAUGCCUCUUCCAAAACAAGAGACAAGUGUGAUCUUUGUAGGUGUAGUAGUUAUGUAACUAGUGUGCCACUAUUUUAAAUCCAUGACAUGCUGAUUUUAGCAUGUAUACGCCUAUCCCAUGUGGCCUGUCUAAUGGAGUGCAUUCCAGUGGUAUCAGAGCACAGGGCACAUUUGAUUUCUGGCUGAUGAGAUGAGAAUCAAAUGGCAAGCCUCAUGUGAAACAUCACCUUGCCAAACAUGGGUUCCCAGGAAGCACG